AUGGGAGUUAAUACGCGGGGUAAUAUGAACGGGGAGAAGGCCACAGGGAGCAGCGGAAACCCCUCAGCGCAGAUAUUGACGGGGAAACAGGAGCACUAUCUCAAGCGGGAGUUGGUCGGCACUCAGGUUUCGAGCGAGAUCGUUGAGCUCAACUCUCCAACGGCCCUACGACGAUUUGGCGCCCCGUUCAAGUCGGACUUUGGAGAAAUAGCUCCUGUCGACUCAGAAUUACCAAUUCUACGGUAUAUAUUCGUCAACCAUGUCCGGAACUUCCCAUUUCUAGAUAAGGCACACGAGAAGGAGUUUUGGCAAGAUCGUCUACAAGUGUUUCUGGAGUCCUUUGCCAAUAAGAACAUCUCAUCAAGCGAAGACCGACAUGAAGAAACUAAGAGACGGAAGCUCGCAAAGAAAUGCGAAAAAGUGGUCGAGCUGAUGAUGGUUUCUGGGAUACCAACAUCCUCUGGAUAUGAGGAGAGGAUACGCUUCUCUGAAAUGGAGGUUGUCGACAGAGGUGCAAAUGAACAGGGGCUACUUGUCAACAUGCCUGAAGGGAAUGUAAUCAACGGCUGGGACGUUAACAUUGCAGCAGUCAGAACGACCGCCGUUAGACGUACUUUGAGAUAUCACCAGCAUGCGGAAUUCUUAAUCCGAGUUCGGCAACAAGAUGGCCCUAGCAUUUACAUUGGCCGGCGCUUUGGUGAUUUUGCAAGAUUGCACAAGAAACUCCGAACAGAGUUGCCUGGGAAGGUCAUACCUCCUUUGCCUAGAAAGAAUAAAAAUUCGGUGUCUUCGUCUUUCUUCGGUUCAACUCUGGAUGAUGAUGCAUCCUCCACAUCGUCCGUCAAUACCUUGGAGACAAAUGAAGGCCAAUCUACCCGAAAUCUCCUCGUUCCGAGCACCCUUAAACACAAGGCUUCCGUCUCCUCUUUCAAAUCUAUAAGCUCACAGUCGCCUCGAGCAUCAGGAGAGCUACAGGGUGAAACAGUCACACUGUACAGAGAGGAGCAGCGUGUCUCCCUGCGCGCGUUCUUGAGACUGAUUCUACAAAAUCAUAGAAUAGCCUCUUCAAAUGCUAUGAAAGAAUUCCUAACAGACAAACCUAUUACCUUGAAUGAAGAAGAAGAGAUGGAUAUUGCAAGAAGAAAAGAGCUUGAUGCUAAACGCAUUGAAGAACAAAGACGUUUUUACGAAAUUGCAAGGAAACGCGCGCGAGAAUUAGAUGUCUACAUGGAGCAAUUCAGACAAGAUAUUGUGGAAAGAAAUGGCCUCACAAAACUAUUCCAAGAGAUUAGAGAAAAGGAUUCCGUAGAAACGCUGAGCCCGCAAUACCAAAAGUUUGCAGAAUGGCUGCGUAUCGAGGUCGCGGCUACAUUAUACCAUAUCUUUUUAGCUGAGGAUAAUUCGCCCGAAUUGUUUGCCCAGGCUAAAAGGAUACAUUCUUUAAUCCCAUAUUCGAUUUUGAAGAAUGUCAUCCGCAUUGCUAACCCUGCAGCCGUGAUGGCUGGAGUUCUGGACCUUUUCCUUGCUCAGCCAUUUGGAGCUAGAUCUCUUCUACAACGAAUAUUCGCGAUGGCGAUUCAAGAUGGCGUAAAAGCCUUCCAAAAAUCAGUCGAUAGCUUAGCAACAAGGAUAGAUGAUAAUAUCCUCGUAGAUAAGCUUCGAGCAUUCACAGAGGCUAAUGAAGAAGUGAAGAAUGAGCUCCGCGCAGAGGCAGAGGCAGAGAGCGUUGAUAUAGUUGUGGUAGUCUUGCGGUCUGAACAUUUCCAGCCGGAAUUGACCGUACGGCAGAUCGAGAAAGUGUUCAAUUCUUAUGUCGCCUGGGUGAGCGCAGUUGAAAGUAUUGAUGACCCUGAAAUACAACAAGGCGCCCAGUGGUUUUCGUACCUAAAGCAGCUUUUGAAAGUGCUCACGAGGCAAAGAGAUAAGAUGAUGAUGCUGAACAUUAUUGAAGAGCCCGUUACUUUACAGCUUUUCCGCGAUUUAUUCACCAUUUUCUACGAACCCCUAGUCCGUGUUUACAAGUCCGCAAAUGUCUACAAUAGCAUCACAGAUUUUGCAGAAUUUGCAAACGAUGCUAUCGCUGUCAUUGAACGAGCUCAAAGACAAGAUGUUUCUGCUGAUCCAAAUCAAACCGUUCAGUCAUUUAUUGACCUUUGCACUCGCCAUCAACAGAGCUUUUAUAAAUUCGUUCAUGAGGUUCAUAUCCAUGAUAACGGGUUAUUUGCAUCGCUGAUGACAUGGCUGGAAGACAUCCUUAAGUUCCUCCGCGAGGGCCCAGAAAGCGGCGGCACUCUUGACAUGAACGCGCUCUUCCAAGGAGCUGUUUCUGCCGGCCAAAUUGACAAGGACGCCGCUAUCGCCGAGAUCGAUUCGUUAAUCAAAUGGCAUUCAGACAGAAAGAAAUGGCACCAGGAUAAAACCCGACAGAAGAUGGCUGCGGAAGGUGUCAAUGAGCAGAUGCCAGGAGUCUCUACCUUUAAAAGCAGUGACUUUGGGCUCCAUGAGGCCGAUUUGGAAGAUCUGGCAAUUGAAGAUGACGUUUCAGAUCCUUCAGAUGAGAACUCCGAAGAUGAUGAUAUGGAUCCUAUAGAAUUUGAGCGCAAACGCCGUUCUAGGCAUCAAGACCGUCUCCGUCGUUCUGCAGGGGAGCCGGUGAAACCCAAGAUAUCGGAGAUAUUGAAGCUACGAGACUCCUUUGGGUCGAUGCUGAGGAUGGUCCUUGCUUAA